CCUCUCGUGCUCUCGACAAUAACAAGCCCCAGCUCGCUCCCCCUCCCCCCAACCCGGGCAGCUCCCCUCCCUCCUAGAGGGAGAGAAGGGGGGAGGAGCUGCCGCCUCACAGACUCACUGAGUCGCUCCUGCAGCAAGGGGGGGGAGAGAGAGACCGAAAAGCAGGAAAGGCGGACGGUUUGGCCGUUUACCUGUCUGCCUUCUCAUUCGCUCUCCCCCCUUGUUCUGUUCGCUCCUGGUGUCAGCCUAUCCGCCUUCCCAAACCCUCCCAUUCCCCCGGUGUAACCCCCCCUUCACUUUCCUUCUUGUCCUCUGUGUUUCUCCUCUCUUCUUUCUUCCCUUCCCCCUCUAGCAUUGCCACCUUCUCUCCGACACGCACGCAGGCACAUAAACGGAUUCGGCAUCCCCUUCAACCUCGUCUUUCUGCGUGGGGGUUUCGUUAGCUGCUUCCAGCCACGUACCGAUACAGAAGAAGCUGCGGUUUGAAGACACCCUGGAGUUUGUAGGAUUUGAUGCGAAGAUGGCUGAGGAAUCUUCCUCCUCCUCCUCCUCAUCUUCACCAACUGCUGCAACAUCUCAGCAGCAGCAAGUUAAAAAUAAGAGUAUAUUAAUCUCUUCUGUGGCUUCAGGGCAUCACGCUAACGGCCUGGCUAAAUCUUCUACCACCACCUCUAGCUUUGCUAACAGCAAGCCUGGCUCUGCUAAGAAGUUAGUGAUCAAGAACUUUAAAGAUAAGCCUAAAUUACCAGAAAACUACACAGAUGAAACAUGGCAGAAACUGAAAGAAGCAGUAGAAGCUAUCCAGAAUAGUACUUCGAUUAAGUACAAUUUAGAAGAACUCUAUCAGGCUGUAGAAAAUCUCUGUUCUUACAAGAUUUCUGCAAACUUGUACAAACAGCUGAGACAGAUUUGUGAAGAUCACAUCAAAGCACAGAUUCAUCAGUUCAGAGAGGAUUCAUUGGAUAGUGUUCUUUUUCUAAAGAAGAUUGAUCGAUGCUGGCAGAACCACUGUAGACAAAUGAUCAUGAUCAGGAGCAUUUUUUUGUUUCUGGAUAGAACUUACGUUCUUCAGAAUUCAAUGCUACCCUCCAUUUGGGACAUGGGAUUGGAGUUAUUUAGGGCUCAUAUUAUAAGUGAUCAAAAAGUCCAGACUAAGACAAUUGAUGGCAUUCUUCUGUUGAUUGAGAGAGAAAGGAAUGGUGAAGCAAUUGAUAGAAGUUUACUCCGAAGCCUUUUAAGCAUGCUCUCUGACUUGCAAAUUUAUCAGGAUUCUUUUGAACAACGAUUUUUGGAAGAAACUAACCGGCUUUACGCAGCUGAAGGCCAAAAAUUAAUGCAGGAAAGAGAGGUUCCUGAAUAUCUUCAUCAUGUUAACAAACGUCUAGAAGAAGAAGCAGACAGACUUAUUACUUACUUAGAUCAGACCACCCAGAAGUCAUUAAUCGCUACUGUAGAAAAACAACUUCUAGGUGAACACUUAACAGCAAUUCUUCAGAAAGGUUUAAAUAACCUUCUUGAUGAAAACCGAAUUCAAGACUUAUCUCUUCUGUAUCAGCUCUUUAGUAGAGUUCGAGGGGGAGUUCAGGUUCUCUUGCAACAGUGGAUUGAAUACAUUAAGGCAUUUGGCAGCACAAUUGUAAUUAAUCCUGAAAAAGAUAAAACCAUGGUUCAAGAAUUGCUGGAUUUUAAAGAUAAGGUUGACCAUAUUAUUGAUAUCUGUUUUCUGAAGAACGAAAAAUUUAUCAACGCUAUGAAAGAAGCAUUUGAAACAUUCAUUAACAAGAGACCAAAUAAACCUGCUGAACUUAUAGCUAAGUAUGUAGAUUCAAAGCUUCGUGCUGGCAACAAAGAAGCUACAGAUGAAGAACUAGAAAAAAUGUUGGAUAAAAUUAUGAUCAUAUUUAGAUUUAUCUAUGGCAAGGAUGUUUUUGAGGCCUUCUAUAAGAAAGAUUUAGCCAAACGCCUGCUAGUUGGGAAGAGUGCAUCUGUAGAUGCUGAAAAAUCAAUGCUUUCCAAACUUAAACAUGAAUGUGGAGCUGCUUUCACCAGCAAACUUGAAGGGAUGUUUAAAGACAUGGAACUUUCUAAAGACAUCAUGAUUCAGUUCAAACAGGUAAAAUAUAUGCAGAACCAGAAUGUACCUGGGAAUAUUGAAUUAACUGUGAAUAUCCUGACAAUGGGUUAUUGGCCAACAUAUGUGCCUAUGGAAGUCCAUUUACCACCAGAGAUGGUAAAACUUCAGGAGAUUUUCAAGACAUUUUACCUAGGCAAACAUAGUGGCAGGAAACUUCAAUGGCAGUCAACCCUAGGACACUGUGUGUUAAAGGCAGAAUUUAAAGAGGGUAAAAAAGAACUCCAAGUCUCUCUUUUUCAAACACUGGUGCUGCUGAUGUUUAAUGAGGGAGAGGAGUUCAGUUUAGAAGAGAUCAAGCAGGCUACUGGAAUAGAGGAUGGCGAAUUAAGGAGAACCCUGCAGUCUUUGGCCUGUGGCAAAGCUAGAGUUCUGGCAAAAAAUCCGAAGGGCAAAGAUAUUGAAGAUGGUGACAAGUUCAUUUGUAAUGAUGAUUUCAAACACAAACUUUUCAGGAUAAAGAUCAACCAAAUCCAAAUGAAAGAAACGGUUGAGGAACAAGCAAGCACUACAGAAAGAGUAUUUCAAGACAGACAGUAUCAAAUUGAUGCUGCAAUUGUUCGAAUUAUGAAGAUGAGGAAGACACUUAGCCACAACCUCCUGGUUUCAGAAGUGUACAACCAGUUGAAAUUUCCAGUAAAGCCUGCUGAUCUAAAGAAGAGAAUAGAAUCCUUAAUUGACCGGGACUACAUGGAAAGAGAUAAAGAAAACCCAAAUCAGUACAACUACAUUGCAUAAAAGUUUGGCCUUGGAGCAUUUUGUGUUUCAUGCUGUAGCCAGUGGAUAAACUUAACUUGUUGACCCUAUAUUGUUUGAAUUCUUUUAUACUACCGAUGACCAAAUGAAGCAGUGUAAUGAAAAUAGUUGAGUGGACAUUUUCAGUGGUUAACAUGCCCAUUAAAAGAGUAAUACUUACCUUUAAGAAGAAUGUUGUUAAACUCUUUGCAUGUUAUUUAGUAUGAUGUGCAGAAAAAUCUUAAGAAAGUACUUGGUCUUCAUGAUUCCUCUUUGGAAAUAGGGAAGAGGUCCCUAUGGCUAUUAAAAACGGGGGGUUCUUAUACACCGUUAAUUAUGAAGCAAAGGUUUAUUUGCUUAAUAUGUCAUUUAAAGAUACUUAAACUGCAUGCAAACUUUAUUUACUGUACAGAGUUCUGGAUGUAUUUAUCAAAUAGAAAAACCACCCUGGAUUUGGUUGUUCACCUGUUUUGUGAUUUCCCUUGAAAAGAAAAAAAAGUUGUCUCAACUAAUUCCAUUUUACUAAGUAAUGUUCUGUUACACUCAAAGGGAUGCUUUGAAAAUUUUAUUUGGAAACAAGUUUUCAAGUAGAGGGACAGUUGCUUAUAUAAUCUCUUGUAUAUACACAUCCUCAAAUGUUCCAUUUAUGGCUGUGAGAUGUGUGUAUAUGGCUUAGCCUUGAGUUUACUGUGCUAAUUAACAGGUACUUAUAAAAAUAGCUGAAAUAGAAAAUUGCUGAUCAUUUGUACUAGAAGAACAAAAUAGGAGAGAAAAAUCCAACUUCAUAUUAAAAAUGAAUACAAUAUGAACAUUGCAAAAGAGACCAAAACCCGCAUAUUUUGUAAAUUUUUACACAACUAAAAAUUCAUCAGGUAGUUUUCAACUUCCUUUAGACUUUAAUGUUGCUUGAACAGUUUUGUGUUUAAUUUGGACCAAUUGUAGAUUGUUACAGGCUUUUUAGGAUUUAGCAUUCCUAUUUUUUAUUACCAAAGUUUUUUUUUUUGGGAAGCACCCUAACUCUGUUGGUAAAUAAGCCUUUACUGUCAUUUUUAUUCUAACGUCCUAUAGCCCUAGAUGUAAAGGCCCUCUCAUUUUCUCCACACAUCCACUAGUUGGGAAUUUCAAAUUCUAUUUCAUGCUGAUCUUGUUCCUUUCAAAAUUGUUUGAAGAAUUCUUACAAUGACCAGGCACCUACUUUUCAGGGGAAUAUCCUAGGAUUAUUCAGAUUAUAUAGAAUAUAGCAAAAGUAUUGUUCUUCAAAUUGAUCUUGUGAGUAAAAGGCUUAUCUUUACCACCAGUGGUAUUUUUUUUCUUUUGUAUUUGUUUUUUCUUGAAGUUUUGAAAUUAAUCGAUCACAAAGGAAAAGCAGAAAAUUUUGUUCUUGUUUUUAAAAAUUAGAACUGUUUUUGCAGUAGUUUAUUUCCUUUACUAUUUGGAGUCAUUAGGUAGGAAGAAUACCUAGGUUCUAGCCAGAGACUUGGUUUUUGUGUCUGGUAUUUUUUUUCUUGAAUUCUCAAAGACCUGUGAACAGUUAUUUUAACACAGUUGCCUGUGUCUCUAAUUGCGUCAGUGUGCACACUGUUGUGUAACAAUAUGUGGUAUUUUGAAUGCCUUCCUAAUUUUCUUUUGAACAGUCAUUACCUUUAUAUUCUCAGCUCUUCUGGUGUUUCCUUAUAUGAGGUCAUCUGACCAGGAAAUACAACUACUUUGUUUGCCUUUUCUCCAUAUUGGACCAUCUACAUCAGUGUUCUAACUCAUCCUUGAUGGUCUCUGAGAUAUGUAGAUAGUUCCACAAGACUUGGUAGUUACUUUUACAAAAUUAUAUAGAAUCGGUCCUGUUAGGAGGAGACUCUUGGUGCCACCUUCAUCAUCUUGAAAGCUGGUCCCUUUUCUGAGGCUCUUAAUGUUUGAAAACUUGAUGCUGGUUCAUUUGAAAAAUUGACAAGGCUAUUAAAAACAAAUUGAGUAGAACUGUUUAAGAAAUUGAAAAGUAAUUGCAAACAUUGGGUAAUUGUGACUUUUCAGUUCUGUAUCGGUUGAAUUUUUGCGUUCUUUUUCCUGUGUACGUGGUGGUUCUAUUUUUCUCCAAUAAAAGUUUUAUUUAAAAAAA